UCGCUGCGCACUUUCUCCGGAUGCUGUACGCGCGGAGAUCCAGAAACACUCGUACAGAAGACAAGUGUCCUGCGCACCCAGGCCCGGCGACAGGAAGCCCGAUCUCCCUUCCGGCCCCCGGCUCCGCGCCUCCACUUGGUCUCCCCCGGGGUCCGAGUCGCGAUGCAGCCCCCUGCCGCCAGCAGGUUCACGCUGGGCCUCCCGGUCCUGCUGCUGGUGGCCUGGGUCACGGCGGCGGCGGCGGCGGCGGCCGGAUCGGUCGUGGGCGCGGCGAGCAGCGGGCGAGAGACACAUGCUCUCUCUCUUUCCUACAAUUUCAACAUCACAUCUCGGGCCAGGCCUGGACAACCAUGGUGUGAGAUUCAAGGCCUGGUCAAUGGAAACCAGUUUCUUUCUUAUGACUGUCGGGGCAAGGAGGUCAAACCCGUUGGUCCUCUGGGGAUGAAGCUGAAGGACACAGCGUUUUGGGAGAGACAAAAGGAAACUCUGGAAGACCUGGUGGAAGAGCUCAGAAGGAAACUGCUGGACAUCAAAACAGGGAUUUUCACUAAGAGCCAUCCUCUCACCCUGCAGGGCAGGCUGGUGUAUGAGUGUGGACCGGACAGCCACCCCAAAGGAUCCUGGCAGUUUGCCUUCAAUGAGCAGAUAACCCACCGCUUUGACCCGGAGACCGGAAAUUGGACAAUGGUGCCUCCUGAGGACCUGCGGUUCCAGGGCACGUUGGACAGUGACGGAGAGCUGACUGGCUUCCUCAUGAGGAUCUCAAACGGAGACUGUAAGGGCUGGCUCCAGCAAGUACUGGAGCACUGGGAUGAAAUGCUGGAGACAACAGUGCCACCAACCAUGAAGCAAGACACGGCCCCGGCCAGGACCACAGCCAUCGGACCCGGCACCUGGAUCCCCACCCUGCUCCUCAGCUGCGCAGUCCUAAUUGGCAUCCAUGUUGGCCUCCUUUAGAGGGACAGGCUGCUGAGGCCACCAAGAAGCCCCUGAGGCGGGGACCAGCUCAGCGACGACGCUGCCUUUGGGCCUGCUGCCUUUGGAUGAGCUGCUGUUCAUUUGUAGACCAUCAGCGCUCUCGAGUUUACAAAUCCAGAGACCUCAGUCGACCACGUGGUGCAGGGCAGGGAACCUCCCAGGUCCCCUCUUGCAUUGGGUGGCGCUCCUGUUCAGCACUUUCCCUUGGCAUAUUCUAUGCCGCUUUCUCUCUCUGGUGCUAGGUGAUAGUAUUCUUGUGCUGAAAUGUUUAAAUGUUUGACAAAGAAAUGUCAACAAAGAGAACAUUUCCCAUCUUGCCCUUGUUUGUGCAAUAUGAGAAUCUUCUCUGUAGGAUGACCUUGUUCCUGCAGACAUUAUUGCCAAAAAAAUAUCCUUGAAGCUAUGUAAACUCAGGGAUAUUUUCUGUGUCCUCACUGACUUUUUAGAAUUUUUAAAAUACUUUAUUGAACUAUACUUUAUAUUCCUUAAAAUCAACCCACUACCUCAUUGACUCUUAAAUGGAAUACUUUAUAAUGUGAUUGUUUUGGGGGGCCUUGGUGGCUCGUAGGUGGGGUGUCUGCCUUCAGCCUAGGACAUGAUCUCAGGGUCCUGGGAUGGAGUCCUGUUUCUGGUUCCCUGCUCAGUGGGGAGUGUGUUUCUCCCUCUGCGUUUCCCCUGCUUGUUUUCACACUCUCUCUCUUUCUCUAAAAUGAAUUAAAAAAUCUUUAAAAA